CGUGCAGCAGGGAGCAGUGCAGCACUCACACACAGUGUCGCGACCAGGUCGCAGUGACGCGUUCAGAGGUGAAAGUUGAAUUCAAUGAAAACAUGGUUGGACACGGGGAUAUCCGCGUGGUUCAUCGAGGUGGCUCUAAAAUUAACUCCAGGCAGCCUGUCAUAACCCAGGACUCAAGGUUCCUGCUGUGCGCCUCAGGAGAGUGUGUGAAGGUGUUCAGCACCUCCACUGAAGAGUGUGUCCACGACCUGCGGGGACACACCGACGCAGUGACCGGUGUACUGCUCAAACCCUCCAACCACCUACAGGCGUACUCUUGCUCAGCAGAUGGCACUGUCAGACUUUGGGACUUCACAGAGGGCAUCCACAUCAAGACUUACGUCAUUGGAUACCCGGUCUACUCCAUCUAUGCAUCUGCACACCAUGGAGGAGUUAUCUUCGUCGUUACCCCCAUGCUAAAUGACAAAAGAUCUGAGGUGUUCCAGCUGGUUGCAGUGCAUCUUCCUCAAAGCGGAGAUCAGCUGGUGGAGGCCCUAGAGCUUUCUGCUGUGAUCAGCGACGUCAGCUCCAACCCAGCAGCCAAUUGCUUUGGCAAAGGGGGGGAAUUUAUUGCUUCAGCUAAAGGUUUGCAUCUGGAGGUCUUCUUCUUCAAGAAGCAGAAGUCAUACAGGUUUUCCCUCAAAGAAGACAACAAGAAGGGAGGCAAGAACACAUUCAUGUGCGUUGCCUGUCACCAGAAAGAGGACUGCAUUGCCACCGGGCAUGAGGACGGCAAGAUUCGCUUGUGGAGGAACUUCAACCACAAGAAGGAGUACACGUACUCCACCCUGCACUGGCACCACAGUGCUGUCAGCUCACUGUGCUUCACACCAGAAGGCACUAACCUACUGAGUGGAGGCUUGGAGUCAGUGCUCGUCCAGUGGCGGUACAACCAAGAGAGUCAGCGGGAUUUCCUGCCCCGCUUGGGUUCUGCCAUCACACACAUCGCAGUCUCACCGGAUGGAGCACUGUUCUGUACCUCACACAGUGACAAUAAGAUUACGAUCAUCCAGAGUAGUGUUAAAGUGUCGGCUGUCAUCCAGGGCCUGGUCAAAGGAGAAAGUGUCAGGACAGACUUGAUGGUGGACCCUCGCAGCAAAUCCCUGGUGCUGAACGGGAAACCAGGCCAACUGCAGUUCUACUCCCUCCAGAGAGACAAACUGCUGUACAACCUGGAUAUAGUGCAGCAGGAGUACAUCCAUGAGUCGGGCCUGGAGCAGUUUGAGGUGGUCAAGGCAGCUUUUGAUGCCUCUGGCAGCUGGAUGGCAACAGUAGAAGAAAGAAAUCAGAAAGCCGCUGAGCUGGAGCUUAACUUGAAACUGUGGGCAUUUGAUGAACAAACACAGAGUUUUGUUCUGAACACGACUAUCUCGACCCCCCACGAGGCCCGGAUUACAGACAUGUGCUUUUGCCACGCUGCCGACAGCCAGACCACCAUGCUGGUCUCCACCAGCAAGGACGGACACUUCAAAGCCUGGCAGCUGAGUGCAGCGGCCCACACAGAGGAUGAAGGUCCUUCCUGGUCGUGUGAUUUUGUCGGAGCCUAUCACAGCCUGGUGCCUGAGCGCUGCUGUUUCUCAGCCGAUGGCUCGCUGCUGGCAGUCAGCUUUCAGGAGGUGGUGACGGUGUGGAGCCCGGCUUCCUGGGAGCUCCUCACCACUCUGUCUCAGCCUCCUCAAGCUAUCAGGGAUCUUUGUUUUGGGCGCCUAAGCUGUUCUAAGUAUCUGCUGGGAACCACGGCCAGCAAGCUGCUCUGCUGCUGGAACCUGCUCACCUGCUCAUUGGAGUGGAGCACCACGAUGGACGUCAGUCUGCUGCUGGCUGACCCCCUCACUGAGAACAUGGCCGCCUUCUGCUUUCAGGCUGGAGGCACCGACUUGUUUGUGUUUAAGCCCAGCGAGCCUCGGCCCUUGUUUUCCCACAAGGCCGUGUGCUCAGGGAAGGUGACUCGUGCCAUCUUCUCCCCGCGGGAGGAGAUGCUGGAGAGCUGUGAGGAGAGCAGCCAGUGGCUCAACCGCUCCCAGCUCCACUUCCUCACUCAGUACAUGGACCUCAUGACAUUUACCACCAAGGCGGAGGAAGAUCGCUUGCUGGCCUCCAGUCGACAGCUUGUGGUGGAUGACAGUGUUGCCAUGACGCCCUUCUACCUGUUGCUGGGGAAACAUCGCCAACAGGAGACUGAAGACGCAGUGAGCAGCAGCCUGUCCUCUGACACUGUGCCUCAGAGCUCUGCUGCCAUCAAACAGCUGCUGCAGACCCCGGCUCACGUCAUGCCCUCCACCUCUUACCUCUGCUCCAUGUUUGUGCAGUCUCUGCUCAUCUCCGUCACAGACACCAGGGAGGAAAAUAAACAUGCAGAGGAGAAAAUGGAUAGCGAGAGAGAGGAAGAGGAUUCAGAGGAGGAAAUGGAACCCAGCAACCCGCGACCACAACAGGCCUCAGAGGCCUGUUCUCUGACCAAAGCCCAGCUCAGGGAGCUGAGGAGGGUCAGGAAACAGGACCACAGCUGGAGUGCAGGCUUCCUGUAAUGAACACGAGCCUGCACAGAGACACUCACACAGACACGCUGCCUGUAGAAAGUUGUAUUGUUACUCCAUUAAAUCAGAAUGCAUCUCCCCUGGUAGGGAACAAAACCGAAAUAUCUGAUUGCAUAAGUAUUCACUCGUUUAGAAGCAUUAACAGGUUCUGUUCAACAGGUUUUUGGUUUCAUAUUUGUAUUAAGAAAACAUUAGUUUAACAAAAUGAAUCACAGUCAAUAACUAGGUAAUAACACAAAUACAAUAAUGUGAGAUGGAAAAGAGGAUCAUGUGUGAACAGCAGUUUCUCCAAUGAACUGUGGACUCUGCCUCUCAGAAUGUUGACAGCGGUGCAGCUUUGACUGUUGGACUGUCGCUGUAAAGGGUUGAAUACUUAUGUAAUUAUUUAUUUAUAACUUUUUUUUUCUACUUUCACUGGGAUGUUUUUUGUUGUGGGUUUUGUAAACAUAUCAUGUCCACUGUGAUUCUUUGACAAAAUCAGAGAAAGGGCAAGGUAAUGACUUUCUAUUAGCACGGUUUGUAUAAAUGUAAUAAAAAGAUGCAUUCAUAAAG